AAAAAAAAAAAAGAAAAAAACCGAUUCCCAAAUCCGAGCAAAUUACUAGCGAUCCUCGUAGAGUUUCAUAAAAUCAGAUCGAGCAAUGGCGAUGGCGGCCUUGAGAAAAGAGGGGAGGAGGCUCGUCCUCUCCUCCAAUCCCUCCAGCUUCGCUCGAUCCGCAGUCUUCUCUGAAGAGUCAUGCCCCUUUGGUGCUCGGUCAGUUUCGACUCAAAUAGUAAGGAACAGGAUGAGCAGUGUUAAGAAUAUUCAAAAGAUUACCAAGGCAAUGAAGAUGGUUGCAGCAUCAAAGCUACGAUCAGUCCAAACUAGAACUGAAAACUCACGUGGAUUAUGGCAGCCAUUUACUGCACUUCUUGGGGAUGCCCCUGGUGUUGAUGUGAAGAAGAAUGUUAUCAUUGCUGUUUCCUCUGACAAAGGUCUUUGUGGAGGCAUUAACUCUACGACAGUGAAAGUCAGCAAGACUCUCUUCAAGCUAACUUCUGGUCCUGAAAAAGAAACCAAGUAUGUUGUGUUGGGAGAAAAGGGGAAGGUUCAAUUCUUACGCGAUUCAAAGAAAAGCAUGGAACUGAGUGUAACUGAGUUGCAAAAGAAUCCAUUAAAUUAUACUCAGGUUUCUGUGCUUGCUGAUGAUAUCCUAAAGAAUGUGGAGUAUGAUGCUUUGAGGAUUGUUUACAACAAGUUCCAUUCAGUUGUCCAAUUCAUCCCGACGAUUUCAACCAUACUAUCUCCUGAGGUGGUGGAGAGAGAGUCUGAAUCUGGAGGAAGACUUGGUGAUCUGGAUUCAUAUGAAAUAGAAGGGGCAGAAACCAAAGCUGAAGUACUUCAGAAUCUUACAGAAUUCCAGUUUUCUUGCAUGAUGUUCAACGCAGUCCUAGAAAAUGCAUGCAGUGAACUUGGAGCAAGAAUGUCGGCCAUGGACAACGCCAGCAGAAAUGCCGGUGAUAUGCUUGAUCGCCUCACUCUCACUUAUAACAGGACUCGUCAAGCUGCGAUUACCACAGAGUUGUCUGAGAUCAUAUCGGGUGCAGCUGCGCUCAGUCAUUAAAUGGGUACUCGAUGUUGUCUAUUUCGAACAAUUUGAUGUUGUCCUUUUCAAACAGUUUUUUUUGUAUCGAGAAAAACUUGCAAUAACCUACCAAGGGAUAUAACAGUGUCCUGGAAGAACAUGACACUGAUCUUCAAUUGAUUUUUCGGUUUUUUUCUGAAACAAAAUUUUUUAACUCGAGUGAUUCUGUGUUGCUUGGAUGUCAUCUUGUGGUACACCAUUAUCUAAUGGAUGCUGUUUUUGUUUCU